AUGCGAGGACCCCGAGAUGGAAGCUUGGGUGCUGGUACGAGCAACACAGGUCGAUACUAUAGGUCCAUGACUCUUACUGAUUUCCUCAAGAGUGGUCCACCCCAGUUUAAUGGAAACGCUAAUGCGCUAGAGGCUGAUUUGUGGUUUCGAGAGGCGGAGAGAUUCUUAUACACUCAGCACAUACCGGAAGUACAAUUCAAGACGGAAUUCUACGGAAAAUAUUUCUUACAUGCUAUUCGCAUUGCAAAAGAAUUGGAGUUAAUGCAACUGAAGCAAGAAGAUAUGUCGGUUGCUGACUAUACCCGCGAAUUCGACAAUUUGUGUCGUCUCUCAAGAGUUUGUCAAGGAAAUCCAGCCGACUUUGAGGCGUGGAAGUGUGUUCAGUAUGAGAAAGGACUUAGAAGAGACAUCUUCAACUGCGUGAGUCGGCAAAGGUUAACAAAUUUUCCUGAAUUGGUUAUGAAAAGUCAAUUCGCAGAACGUUACUCCAUGAAGUCAGCAAUGUUACAGGAAGGUUAUGGAGAGACUACUUCAGAAGAGCCGCACGGAGCCGGACUAGGCGUAUGUUACAAGUGCGGGAAGCCGAGGCAUGUAGCUCGAGACUGUCCACACAAGAAAUGCUAG